UUACCUGCCACGAUGCAGGUGGACCAAUGCUGGAUGAAGAAAUAUCUCCCCACUGUCAUGUUGUGGGCUGGGAGUUACGACGAUAUCUGGAAUAUCCCAGAUGAAGUCCUUCUCCUUCAUGCCCAGCUGAUUUUUAAUGCGGUAUACAAGGACCUCAACAUUACCAUCGUUCAUGGUGGUGUGAUACAUUCCCUGACUGCACAGCAUAUAUCCAAAUGGUGCAGCAAUUUUGGCUCAACAGGCAUAGUCAUCAUCCUGGACUUCUUGACACGAAACUCCAAUUGUGAUCCAGUUGAACUUGCCAAAUCGUUGAUUGCAGGUUAUGCAUUCUUGUUCGAGGACCCUGAAAACCCAAGUCCCCUCACGACAUAUUGUUCUCCCUUCAUCUUACAGUUAUUAGGCACAGCACAUCUCAAUGCCAUCAAUGGGUAUGUGGAGGUUCCCAGACUUGAU